AGCAAGGCAGUCUGGCGAUGCCGCAAUUGACCCGCGACCUCUUCUCUGUCAUGCACCCCAGUAAGAACCGCAUUAACCCAAUCAAAGCCAAACACCCGUAGCAGCGUUCCAUUCAUUAUGUCCUCUACAUCCGGAUUCGAGCGUGAACCAGGAUGGACAUGGCCAGAAGACAUCCUGAGAGAGGAUGAACCAGAGAGACCCUCUUCAGCAAGGCAACGGUCGCCGCCGCAGAGCUCGUCGACAGCUAGCGGCUCCGCUCCGCAGGAUGCGCCUGGCGCGAAUUCAUCAAAACAAAGACAUUGGCGGCCACGCCAAUGUCGCAUAUGUCUCGACACUGUCCAGCCUACCUUCGAUGUGCCGUCAGAGAAUCUCCCCAGUUUCCUGCAAUCCACCGGCAACGUCAAGUACGAGGACGAAAACGGACGACUAAUUCGUCCGUGUAUGUGCAAAGGGUCAGCCAAGUACGUUCAUGAGGGCUGCUUGCAAGCCUGGCGUCAUGCAGACCCAAGUUAUGGGCGACGCAACUACUGGCAGUGUCCGACGUGCAAAUUCAAGUACCGGCUCGCGAGAUUGGGAGCCGGUAAAGUUGUGGGGAGCAUUGCUGCUCAGAUCGUGUUGACAAUCGGGAUCCUUGUUACUGUUGUGUUCAUCUUAGGCUUCUUCGCGGACCCUAUCAUCAACUUGUAUGUUGAUCCCUGGGGUUUUCUGUCACCUUGGUCAUCACCGUACGAUGAUCACUAUUAUGAGGACGAACCCGCAACUUGGUCUGAACAUUUUGCCAAAGGGCUUGCAUCCAUGGGUGUUCUUGGCUUCCUGAAAGCACUUCUGGCCAGCCCUCUACAACUGUUCCGUAUUGGCGGUGGCAGAGGUCGGAACACAGCACGAGACAGGUACGAGCAAGUGAGUUGGGUCAUUAUCGUGAUAGGAGUUGGGACCUUCCUUCUUGCUAUCUACAAAGGUGUGCGUGCAUGGAGUCGCCGCACCCUUGAGAAAGCUGGAGAACGAGUCAUGGACGUUCAAGGGGACGACGACGAUGACGAGGAAUAGCUCCUUUCUGCAACGAAUCCAAGUACUAUUACCGCUUGGUAUCCUCGAUGCAUGUUCCUGCAUUUACCUUCUCCUCUAUCGCACACUCUUAAGCUGCCUCGGUUUCUUCCCCUGUACCGUUGCAGCUAGUCUGUUUGCGAAGAUCGAUCCGCUUGCGAACGCCGUCU